UGUGGUUUUGGGGGAGGGAGGCGGAGGGGAAAGUUUGUUUAUUUUGUUUUUAGUUUCUGGGGUCCCCGAGCUUCGAGAAGGUGAAGCGAGCGACCGUGACACCCCUCGCCUUUCAGCCUCCCCGCGACGUCGCCUCCACAGCUUGCGGAGAAGCGGAGACCGCGGUCACCGUUGGGCUCCACAGCGGAACGACGCACACUCGGAGCCGGCGCGGCUCAGCGGGUUUUGGCUCUUUGCACUGAAUGUAACCUAGACUGAUCGUCUCGGGCUUGUGUUGCCCCAGAACACUGUCAAAGGCAGUGUCUGUGUUUCUGCAGAGUUUUGCACAGAGUCUGUUCCCAUGCAAACCAAUGAGGGAGAAGUAGAGGAAGAAAGCAGUUCCAAGGUGGAACAGGAGGAUUUUGUAAUGGAAGGGCAUGGCAAGACUCCACCUCCUGGAGAAGAAAACAAACAAGAGAAGGAGCAAGAAAGGGAAGAACAGUUAAUGGAAGACAAGAAAAGGAAGAAAGAGGAUAAAAAGAAAAAAGAAGCCACUCAGAAGGUCACGGAACAAAAAACCAAAGUGCCCGAAGUGACGAAACCAAGUUUAAGCCAACCAACGGCCGCCAGCCCAAUUGGCAGCUCUCCAUCGCCACCAGUCAAUGGUGGCAACAAUGCCAAAAGGGUGGCAGUGCCGAACGGACAACCGCCAAGCGCCGCCCGCUACAUGCCUCGGGAGGUGCCGCCGCGAUUCCGUUGCCAGCAGGACCACAAAGUGUUACUAAAACGUGGGCAGCCCCCUCCACCGUCCUGCAUGCUCCUCGGGGGUGGAGCAGGGCCUCCUCCCUGCACAGCACCUGGAGCAAGCCCAAACAACGCACAAGUGACAGGAACGCUGCUGCAGAACGAAAGUGGGACUGCACCAGAGUCAACCCUUGGAGGUGCUGCUGCUUCAAAUUAUGCAAAUUCCACUUGGGGUCCGGGAGCCUCCUCCAACAACGGCACCUCCCCCAACCCAAUUCACAUCUGGGACAAGGUGAUUGUAGACGGGUCUGACAUGGAAGAGUGGCCUUGCAUUGCCAGCAAAGACACUGAAUCUUCUUCCGAAAACACCACCGAUAACAACAGUGCCUCGAACCCUGGCUCUGAGAAGAGUGCUCUGCCAGGAAGCACCACUAGUAACAAAGGCAAAGGGAGCCAGUGCCAGUCUACAAGUUCUGGGAACGAAUGUAAUCUUGGGGUCUGGAAGUCUGACCCUAAGGCUAAAUCUGUUCAAUCUUCCAACUCUACUUCAGACAGCAACAAUGGACUAGGAAACUGGAGGAAUGUGAGUGGUCAAGAUAGAAUUGGACCUGGCUCUGGCUUCAGCAACUUUAACCCAAAUAGCAACCCAUCUGCCUGGCCAGCAUUGGUCCAAGAAGGAACUUCUAGGAAAGGGACGUUGGAAGCAGAAAAUAGUAAUUCCGGUGCACAAGUGAGCACAGUAGGUCAGGCAUCCAGGGAACAGCAGUCAAAGAUGGAAAAUGCGGGUGUUAAUUUUGUUGUCUCUGGCAGAGAACAGGCUCAAAUUCAUAACACUGAUGGACCAAAAAAUGGAAACACUAACUCCUUGAACUUAAGUUCACCAAACCCCAUGGAAAAUAAGGGAAUGCCCUUUGGGAUGGGCUUGGGGAACACCUCCAGGAGCACUGAUGCCCCUUCACAAAGCACUGGAGAUCGAAAGACUGGGAGUGUUGGGUCUUGGGGUGCAGCUAGGGGGCCUUCUGGAACUGACACAGUCUCUGGACAAAGCAAUUCUGGAAAUAAUGGGAACAAUGGAAAAGACAGAGAGGACUCCUGGAAAGGAGCUUCUGUUCCAAAAUCAACUGGGUCAAAAAAUGACUCUUGGGACAACAAUAACAGGUCUACGGGUGGGUCCUGGAACUUUGGCCCUCAGGACUCUAAUGACAACAAAUGGGGUGAAGGGAACAAAAUGACAUCUGGGGUCUCUCAGGGAGAAUGGAAACAGCCGACUGGGUCUGAAGAGUUGAAAAUUGGAGAAUGGAGUGGUCCAAACCAACCAAAUUCUAGCACUGGAGCAUGGGACAAUCAAAAGGGCCACCCCCUCCCUGAAAACCAAGGCAAUGCCCAGGCUCCCUGUUGGGGAAGGUCUUCCAGCUCCGCAGGAAGUGAAGUUGGAGGUCAAAGCACUGGAAGCAACCACAAAGCAGGAAGUAGCGACAGUCAUAAUUCUGGUCGUCGGUCAUACAGGCCCACACAUCCUGAUUGCCAGGCUGUCUUGCAGACUCUUUUGAGCCGAACUGAUUUGGACCCUAGGGUGCUCUCAAACACUGGCUGGGGCCAAACUCAAAUCAAGCAGGACACAGUGUGGGAUAUUGAAGAGGUGCCAAGGCCUGAGGGGAAAUCUGACAAAGGAACUGAGGGGUGGGAGAGCGCUGCCACACAGACCAAGAACUCAGGGGGCUGGGGAGAUGCACCCAGCCAAAGCAAUCAAAUGAAGUCUGGAUGGGGGGAGCUCUCAGCCUCGACCGAGUGGAAGGACCCCAAGAGCACAGGAAGCUGGAAUGACUAUAAGAACAACAACUCUUCUAACUGGGGAGGAGGACGAGCAGAUGAAAAGACACCUUCCUCUUGGAAUGAGAGUUCCUGCAAGGAUCAGGGGUGGGGAGGUGGGCGUCAGCCCAACCAAGGAUGGACUUCUGGGAAGAAUGGUUGGGGCGAGGAGGUUGAUCAAGUGAAGAAUAACAAUUGGGAAAGUUCUACAAGUAAACCUGUGCCUGGGUGGGGUGAAGGAGGGCAGAAUGAAAUUGGAACUUGGGGUAAUGGUGGGAAUGCAAACCUAGCUUCAAAAGGUGGGUGGGAAGAUUGCAAAAGAUCGCCUGCGUGGAAUGAAACAGGCAGACAGCCCAAUUCCUGGAGUAAACAACACCAACAGCAGCAGCAGCAGCCUCCGCCACCACCACAACCAGAGGCUUCUGGUUCAUGGGGAGGCCCACCCCCACCACCUUCAGGCAGUGUUCGACCUUCUAAUUCCAACUGGAGCAGUGGGCCCCAGCCUGCAACCCCUAAGGAUGAUGAACCCAGUGGUUGGGAGGAGCCAUCCCCGCAGUCAAUUAGUCGAAAAAUGGACAUCGAUGAUGGCACUUCAGCUUGGGGAGACCCUAACAGCUAUAACUACAAGAAUGUGAACCUAUGGGAUAAGAAUUCCCAAGGGGGCCCACCGCCUCGAGAACCAAACUUGCCUACCCCAAUGACCGGAAAAUCAGCAUCAGUCUGGAGCAAAAGCACACCACCAGCUCCAGAUAACGGGACUUCAGCCUGGGGUGAGCCAAAUGAAAGCAGUCCUGGGUGGGGUGAGAUGGAUGAUGCAGGAGCAUCGACCACAGGCUGGGGAAACACACCUGCCAGCGCUCCCAAUGCCAUGAAACCCAAUUCCAAAUCUAUGCAAGACGGCUGGGGUGAGAGUGAUGGUCCGGUCACAGGAACUCGCCAUCCUAGCUGGGAAGAGGAGGAUGACGGAGGAGUCUGGAACACCGCCGGCUCUCAGGGAAGCACUUCCUCCCACAACUCAGCAAGCUGGGGACAAGGAGGAAAGAAACAAAUGAAGUGCUCGCUAAAAGGAGGAAACAAUGAUUCCUGGAUGAAUCCUCUUGCCAAACAGUUUUCAAAUAUGGGACUGCUGAGUCAAACAGAAGAUAACCCAAGCAGCAAAAUGGAUUUGUCUGUAGAUAAGAAAUUUGAUGUGGACAAACGAACAAUGAAUCUCGGGGAUUUCAAUGAUAUCAUGAGGAAAGAUCGACCUGGCUUCCGUCCACCUAAUUCCAAAGACUUGGGCACUGCAGACAGUGGGCCUUACUUUGAGAAGCUGACUUUGCCUUUCUCCAAUCAAGAUGGGUGCCUUGGGGAUGAGGCUCCCUGCUCUCCCUUCUCCCCUUCUCCCAGCUACAAGCUGUCUCCCUCUGGUUCCACACUACCCAACGUCAGCCUUGGAGCAAUCGGCACAGGGCUCAACCCCCAAAACUUCGCUGCUAGACAAGGCGGCAGUCACGGUUUGUUUGGAAACAGCACAGCACAAUCGAGAGGCCUGCACACUCCAGUGCAGCCACUGAGUUCUUCUCCUGGUCUCCGGGCGCAAGUGCCUCCCCAGUUUAUCUCCCCCCAGGUUUCUGCCUCAAUGCUCAAGCAGUUCCCCAACAGCGGCCUGAAUCCAGGUCUCUUUAAUGUGGGGCCCCAGUUAUCUCCUCAACAAAUUGCCAUGCUGAGCCAGCUUCCACAGAUUCCCCAGUUUCAGUUGGCAUGUCAGCUUCUCUUGCAGCAGCAGCAGCAACAGCAGCAGUUGCUGCAGAACCAGAGAAAGAUUUCUCAAGCAGUGCGCCAGCAACAAGAACAGCAGCUGGCAAGAAUGGUGAGUGCUCUCCAGCAGCAGCAGCAGCAGCAGCAACAGCAGCAGCAGCGGCAGCCUAGCAUGAAGCAUUCGCCAUCUCAUCCUGUUGGGCCUAAGCCACAUUUGGACAACAUGGUACCCAAUGCGCUGAAUGUGGGGCUCCCAGACCUUCAGACCAAAGGGCCAAUCCCUGGAUAUGGUUCUGGCUUCAGCUCUGGCGGCAUGGACUAUGGCAUGGUUAGUGGCAAGGAGGCUGGGACUGAGUCUCGCUUCAAACAGUGGACCUCCAUGAUGGAAGGGCUGCCUUCUGUGGCCACACAAGAAGCCACCAUGCACAAAAAUGGCGCUAUAGUGGCCCCUGGUAAGACCCGAGGAGGGUCACCUUACAACCAGUUUGAUAUAAUCCCAGGUGACACACUGGGUGGCCAUACGGGUCCUGCUGGUGAUAGCUGGUUACCUGCCAAAUCUCCACCGACUAAUAAAAUCGGAAGUAAAUCCAGCAAUGCCAGUUGGCCUCCAGAAUUCCAACCAGGAGUGCCAUGGAAAGGUAUCCAAAAUAUUGACCCUGAAUCUGACCCCUAUGUAACUCCAGGAAGUGUGUUGGGGGGUACAGCUACAUCUCCCAUUGUAGAUACUGACCAUCAACUGCUGCGGGAUAACACCACAGGGUCUAAUUCUUCCCUCAACACCUCGCUGCCUUCACCUGGUGCCUGGCCCUACAGUGCCUCUGACAACUCCUUUACCAACGUUCAUAGCACUUCAGCAAAGUUCCCUGAUUACAAAUCCACGUGGUCCCCAGAUCCCAUAGGACACAACCCCACUCAUCUCUCCAACAAGAUGUGGAAAAACCACAUCUCCUCCAGGAACACUACACCGUUGCCCCGCCCACCUCCUGGCCUGACCAACCCCAAACCGGCAUCUCCCUGGAGCAGCACAGCACCCAGAUCAGUCAGGGGGUGGGGAACCCAAGACUCUCGGAUUGCCUCGGCCUCUACCUGGAGUGAUGGUGGCUCUGUCCGUCCUAGUUACUGGCUGGUUCUUCACAAUCUCACUCCACAGAUUGAUGGGUCAACCUUGAGAACGAUCUGCAUGCAGCAUGGUCCACUGCUGACAUUCCAUCUGAAUCUAACCCAGGGCACUGCCCUGAUCCGGUACAGCACCAAACAAGAGGCAGCCAAGGCCCAGACUGCACUGCACAUGUGUGUGUUGGGAAACACUACCAUCUUGGCCGAGUUUGCCACUGAAGAUGAAGUUAGCCGCUUCCUGGCUCAAGCUCAGCCGCCUACACCUGCAGCAACCCCAAGCGCGCCUGCCACAGGAUGGCAGUCACUGGAGACCAGCCAGAACCAGGCAGACCCCGUUGGACCUGCGCUGAACCUUUUCGGUGGGUCCACCGGGCUCGGGCAGUGGAGCAGCAGCACUGGUGGCAGCAGUGGGGCCGAUCUUGCUGGCACUUCCUUGUGGGGUCCCCCAAACUAUUCUUCUAGCUUGUGGGGAGUUCCGACGGUGGAAGAUCCCCAUAGGAUGGGCAGCCCUGCUCCUUUACUACCUGGUGACCUUCUAGGAGGAGGGUCGGAUUCAAUCUGAACUUAGAACUUUCAACUCUGACCUCGUGACCUUUUUUUGGAACAGCAGCAGCACUAACUUGACCUUUUCGUUUUUUUUUUCAACUUGCAAUAAAUACAUUUUUAAAAGGAAAAAAGAAAACGGAGAGAGAAGAAAGGUGGGUCAUUGACAGACUGUCUGAGCACAUAGUUGCCUCCCUUAAAACUUCAGUUUUUUCGUUUGGAAUAUGAAUCCAAAAAGAGAACAUAUCACUCUUGAAAUACUUGAAUCAUGAACGCCAACCUAGAAAGACAAUGUGAAGCAAGUACACAUACCAUUUAAAUUUAAACACAAAAAAAUUAAAAAAAUUAGUUUCUAGUUUUUCACUUUUUUCAUGUUAUAUGGAAGUUGUUGCUAAGAAACAUAUAUACUGAAAAAAAAUAGCUUUUUAACUUUGUUUGCACUGGGUGUGUUUCCGUCCUUAGGUCUACCAUGUUUGGGUGGGAGGGAAAUUCAAAAGAAUUGUUGAGGGAGGGGGGAGGGAAGACUUGACGGAGCCUCACUUUAAAAACAAAAACAAAAAAACUUUAAAAAAAAAAAAGGAAAAAUUUUGUGAUUGGCUGGUUGAUAAAUACCAGUGUGUUCUGGCACAUGUAACUGCCCAGGCAUGCUCGUUCUGGUAUGUGUGUGCACGUGUGUUCAUGUGCAUUUGUGUGCAUCCUCCUCUGUCUCUAUGUGUGCCUGCGUCCUGCCCUCCUCAUCUCACCCCAACCCUGAUUUCCCAGAAAGCUGCAUUGCUGACAGUUCGCAGGCUGGCUGGCCGGCCAUCUGCUUUUAAUUUUUUUUAACUAUGAGAACACAGGAGCACAGGGGGCUGCUGCAGCUCAAGCCACUUCUUCGGGCUGCACUGAGACGAAGGGUGCUUUUCAAUGAGAGCAGUAGCCAGAGCGUGAGGUUCCCCAGCCUUCCCUUGACCUAGCAGCAGAGCAAAGCACUGCCAAGUCCAGCAGUCGGCGGGGGGUACCUCUCAGAGCACCUGUUGCUCACUUCUGUGCUGUGAAAUAGGCGGCCACUGAGCACACGGGAGUUUUAAGUCCCAAGCAGGCAUUUUUUGCUACUUUGAAUGAGAACAGAAGAUUCAGUAAUUUUUAAAUCAUGUGAUGUUUCAAAAGCAAAAAAGCUGUGUUCCCACUUUACAAGUGAUCAAGUGUGAGAAUUUUUUAUAAGGAAUCAGGUAAUGCAAAUUAAAUAUUCUUAUUGGUUCUCGUUAUCAUUUGAGGAAAUCGGCAAAUUGUGAGCAGCCUCCUGGAAGCAUCGCAGCUCCUCCCUCUCUGCUCCUCUCUCGCUGAGCAUUACCUGUGCCAGGCCGUGGCGUGUUACAGCACCAGGCCAUCACUGACAGAAACGUUUACUUAACGAAUGUUCUUAAACCAGUGUGUACUUCAGGCUUCUCCCCUUGUUUCUCUGUGUUGUUUCCUGUGUAUGUGGUUUGCUUAGGCAGAAAUAACUUAGCAGAGACUUAAGUAUUGCACCUUGUUUUGGUUUUGACCUCUUUUUUUUUUCUUUCUUUCUUGUAAUGUUGGUUUGUUUUUUUUUUUUAAUUUUGGUAUUUAAAGACUUUUUUAAAAAAGCAUCAAUGUAGUAGUUCUCUGGGCCGAACAGGAGGCAAUGUUUAAUUCACAGUUAUCAACAACAUGUAUGUACUAUGUUGGAAACAAAAUAUAUCAAACUGCUUAUUGUGAAGAGAGUGAAAGCAAACCUGAAGGGGAAUCCUUACAUACAAAAUAGACGGUGGGCGGGGGGUGGGUGGGGGAGAUGUGUGCGGGUAACAUGCUAGCACUUGUGUGGAUAUCCCAGUCUGCAUCGUACUGUUUGUUCAACAUGAAGUGCCGACAUUCUGUACCAGCAAUUACCUGCCCAUUCCAACCCCUGGUGGGAGCAGACCUCUGCUGUCCUCUUGUGACUUGCUGCUAUUGAGGACAAGGGAGUUUUUCUUUCUUUAGCAUCUUCAGUGAAGGAUACAACAAUGCCUAAUGUAUUUGACUUUCAGCUUGUGUAUUUGUAUAGGUGGGUAGGGUGAUAUGGAUAGAAAAAUGAAAAGCAACAAAAAACAAACAAACAAAAAACAAAAUUGCGUGUAAGUGGCCUUGUGAGACAAUGAGUGGGAAAUUCUGUAGUCAUCUUGGCUUACCCUGUUGAAUAUAAACCUGGCUUCAGAAGAGGCUGACAGGCUUUGUUCCUGUGCACUUGUGCUUGCCAGUCUAGGAGCCCUUGGCAGGAGGGUGGGCAAAUGAGUUUGCAGUUCUGCUUUGUUCCUGCAACACCUUGUUCACAGGGACUCUGCCUUCCUCCUGCUUUCUGGUUUCUAUCACCACCAUCCCCUUCCCACCUCUGCCCCUACAAAAUGUCUCUUUCCAGCCCCACUGACGCUUAGUGUUGGGACAGAGCUCUGUUGUGAAUGGUGAUUUCCAAGUGAAGUGCAGCUUAUAUUCAGAUUAUCUGCAGACUGAAGGCUAAAUCUCAGCAUCCCCAGACUCCAAGAGCCUAUGGGGAUUGUCCACUGCCGCUCUUGGUUCGUUCAUGGCCCUGCCUGCCCUCUCCUCCUCCCCCACCUCCUCUUUCUGCCUGUUGGGUCCUUGACCUGCACUAUGGCUUAGUUGAGUUCCUUACGAUACUACGGUGAAAGCCGGGUGCUAGAGCCCCUCUUGUUUACAAGACAUAAUGAGGGAUUUGAAAUAUGUAAAAAUAAACACGAGAAGCUAAAAUGUUCUUCCAUCAUAAGCUUAAAGGGAAAAAAAAACCUAAAAACUUUAAAAAAAAGACCAAAAAGUGCGCGUGUGUAGAUAUAUAUAUAUACAUAUAUAUAUAUAUAUAUAUAUACACACACACACACAUAAAUAUAUAUUUUAGAUGAAGACUAACUCUGGGAGCAUUUAACAGUGUUUUUGUUUUGUUUUUAACAUUUAUUUUCCUGCUUUAAAAUUUGCGAGCAUUCUCAGGAAUUCUAGGGUAGGCAGCCAGUUUUUUGAAGAUGGUUUAUUUAACCGUAUCUUAUCCUAGAUAGACAGCUGUUUCUUUCCCGUUAGUAAACUUUUACAAGUUCCUGAAACUUCGAAAAGUUUAAAUGAUUUUUACUUACAAAAAUGUAAAAAGAAAAGUCUCCAAAUGUAAUUAUCAUACAGGGGAUCACACAUUUUAAGAUACAUAGAAAUAUUUUUUAAAAAUUAACCAAUUUAGCAGCAACAGGUAAAUUCAUUUUCUUAACAACUGUGGGAGAAGAAUCAGGUUUUGUGAGCACUGUCAUGGCCUCACUUGAGAUUGUGUAUAACUGAAUAGGAGGGUGUUUGGUGUACAUGAGUAGGAUUGCCGCCACACUAUAACUUCUUAUAAGGCUGGACUGACAUCUCCCCAGUCCUGUUUGUAUUCUCCGAUGCAGCCCUUCUCCCUGUCUCUCCAGCCCCAUCAACAAAAGAAAGGAAUAAAGGAAGAAAAACCAGCUAAAGAAAAAAGAAUUGGCUCUUAAACUGUGUAAGUAGUGCAGUUCUUGGGUUGCUGAGAAUCUGUGCAAAGAGUUAGGAAAUAUUUUAAACAAAUCUUAAAUAUAAGCAUUACUAAAGGAAAAUUACCUAGGGACUCUUUUGUUCAUGAAGAAUGUCUGUUUCACCUCCAUCUGUUACAGGAGGAGAAAACAGAAGAAUCUAAUAAGGAACAAGUGGUUUUACUUUGCUUUAGCUCCCAGCUACUGUUGUGCUUGUUUUAAAUGCUGUUUUGAAGAUCUGCUGCUUACUGUCCCCAUCCUGGGUGGCAGAGAUGUGGAGUGUUUCCUUUCUGUUUCGGUGAUACUGAAUUCUCCUUUUGUAUUCCCUCCUGGGGCCAGAAGUCUUGGCCACAGCUUCUUUCAAACUUUAAGCUUCCCAGUGGGAAAGAAACUCCAGCUCCACAGGUAAAGUGAGUGGGUGGGGUUGCUGCCUGCAUUCUCUGAAACCGCUUUAGUGCCUUCUUACAUACACCCAGACAUCCUAAGUAGGGGACGAGUGUGUAUGUGCACGUGGUCCAGUCACUCCACGGUUAGUAAGAUGCCUGCCUGUAAAGGAAAUUGGAGUGUUUCUGGACAGGCCCCAAAGGCAGUGGGCUAAAUCAAAAAAAAAAAAAAUUGAGGAAGUUAAAUACAUUUUUUUGUCUGAUAAUGUGGGAUGCCAAGUUCUUUCCUAUGUUGUGUGCCCUCCAUAGGUGCUGACUUUUCCGUGUGUAGAAGGGUGACAGUUCCAGUGAUGGGGAAAGUCUUUUUGUGCCGGGCCAGUGGAAGAAGGCUCCUGCUUCUCGGCUUCUGUUUUCCUGUCUUCUUCCUGCCCCUCCCUUCUUCCAUUUGUCACCUUUCUGGAAGCUUUUGUUAGUGAUUGGCAGUGAGCUAAGAAGAGGAUGUGGUGAGGGUGUCUGGAAGACAGAAAGCCCUUCCCUUCCCAUGGUAUUCUUUAGCAAAAAUCCUGUCUACCAAGACUUUAGGUGACUUUGUUAUACAUGAAAAAAUUCAGUGAGCAUACCCUUCCAGCACGUUCUGGCAUAUAUACAGAGGCUUGCUAGUCACCACUAUUUAGAUUUGUUUUGUACACAUUUUAAGCAUGUAAGUGUGAGCUUUCUGUUUUAUACUAGGUGUUUUUGGUUUUGUUGGGUUUUUGUUUUGUUUUGAUCUUGUUUUAAAUGAAUACCCACACCCACACCCUGAUGGUUUCUUUUAGCCCUGGCUGUCCUGGAUCUCGCUCUGUAGACCAUGCUGGCCCCAAACUCACAGAGAUCCACCAGCUGGCUUUCUUUUAAAUUAUUGGUUCGUGGUAGGUAGACAUAUAUUUGUCUCAUGAGCAUCAUAGACUUGUUUCUGUCUCCCAUAUGAGUAGCCAAAAGAAAAGCACAAGUUGGGGAAAGAGUUGUCUUCCAUCACUCGGGAGAACCUCUGCUGCCGAUGAGACCCAGUGCCAUGACCCCAUUUAAGGGUUGAGAAACAGGUCUCUGAUACCCUGUUUAGGGAAAAAAGAAAAAGGAAAAAAGAAUAGUCAGUCUCUUCUCUCAGCCCUUAAUCCUUGAACCUUUUCAUUUCCAACAUUCAUAGGAAUGAACUUAGCAGUACAGCAGUGCUGGUUCAUAAAACAACAGACUCCAAACUGUAUUCUCCCUCAGUGUCCCUGGUAAAACAUCACCAUUCAGUUAGUUAUUUACAGCCAACAGGGUUUGUAUUGCAAUGACUUGUGUUCUAAGAAUUUUCCCACUUUGUUGUGAAUGUAGCAUGUUCAAAAUUGAAUGUGAUCUAGAAGAUAAAAUGUGAGGGGGGGAGAAGGGAGGGAGAAGAAUUCCUGCUAAGAACUCAAAAGGGCUUUCCCAGUGUACCUACCAGAGACUGAACAUCAACUUCCUGCAAACAUGUCUCCCUUCUCAAAGUGUGGUGCUGGGAGAGAACCCAGGACUUUGCCUUCGCUAGGCGAGCACACUCUAUGCCUGAGCCACACAGUUCCUCCAGCCCUACUAUCACUGUUACCCUCUUCUUAGAAGGGAUGUGGUUUGUGUAGGGUUAAUAGCCAGAUUCUACUUCGACCUCAGAUGCUGUGUACUUUCUAAAUUAUUUUCUCAUAUUCUGCCAUUUUGACUCUUAGUGUCUCUAUGCUGAACAAAACGUGUGCACCAAGCCUGCUCUCCUGUCCAGUUUCAUAGGGCAUUUUCAGCAGGCCUGGCUACGAUAGCCAUCUCUAAGAUGAGGCACAAGUGAGUCUUUGUAUAAAGAAGGUCCCAUUCUUCCCUACCCUCUUUUGAGUUAAAAUUCAGCCUAUCCAGCCCUGCCAUUUGUUGCUUUGGAUUAGAGUUUUUUAUUGUACAUAUAAGGUUUUCAACUAGGAGUAGAGAGAGACACGGUCUUAGCUGUGGUUGGUUGUUUGUUUAAGAGACUUUAUUCUCCAGUGUUUCUGCCAAGUUACAGCCUGUGUCAGUGCAUUAGCUACACUUCCAGUGUCACUGCAAAGAGAAACCUUGUUCCAUGAUCGUGUCUGUCUGCAGCUAGGGUUAUUCUAGCCCGUGUGCAAGUGACUGUCCAUCUUUAGAUUCCAAUGGCCAUGCAGAGAACCUUCGCUCUUUAUCUACAAGAAUGUUCCCAGAGUUUGUAUACUCCAUGUAACAAUGCCCUAUAGGCUUAUUGCCAGUGCCAAAGUUACGCUGUCAUCGGAGAUGAUUAUUGUCAACAAUAGUAUUUUUAUUCUCAAUCUUAAAUUUGACACAGGGGAUACCAUACCUUCUUUAGAUUUGAAAUUAUCAACUCCAAGAAUCUAAAAAUACAGUAAUAAUAAAAACUGAAUAGUGGUCCAAGUUUGAUGACACACACUUUAAUCCCAGCAUUUGAGAGGCAGAAGCAAGUGGAUCUCUUUGAGUUCAAGGGCAGCCUGGUCUACAUAACACGUCUCAGAGAGACUCUGUCUCAUAAAGCAAAAAUUGAAUAUCAAUCCUCACUAAACUGCCAACAUCUUCCCCAGUCCACACUGCCAUAGGAGGACAUGAACAAGAUAAAAGAAGUUGACAGAGAGGCACUAGUCAGUGGAGUGCUAGCUCCUGCCAGGUCAGCAUCUACUCUGCCCCUUGUGUAUGGCCAUCCUGACUGGGUCCUGAGCAGUCAGGAAGUAUUUUUCAUCAAUUUAAUGACUUGGGGCUUUUUGUCAUUGUUUUGUUUUUGUUUUGUUUUGUUUUUUGAGACAGCGUUUCUCUGAAGCUUUGGAGCCUGACCUGAAACUCACUCUGUAGACUAGACUGGCCUCAAACUCACAGAUACUCACCUGCUUCUGGCUCUGGCGUGCUGCAAUUUAAAGACAUGAGCCACCACCGCCCUGCUGAAUGGUUUUUAAGAUAGUAGCAAAGUGACAGAAACUGCUGAUGUUUGCCUCUUGGCAUUUAAAUAGCUUUUUCUGAUAAGGUGGGCCCAUGGCAGGAAAAGGACCAGUGGCUCUGCAGAGCUGAGCAUUGUUCCUCAUGGUGACAGAUUUACCUUUCUAUGGUAGGGGACAGUCCAGGUACACUUUCAUAAACAAGUGUUCUAUUUUAAAUAAAAAAUAAAUGUUUCCCAAGAGCGCUGUAUGGUCAGCUUAGUUUUCACACUAUAAGUAAUCAGUACUUGGGAAAUAAACUCCCAGUUGCAGUUGACCCAGUAUCAGUAAAUUCGGAUGACUUCUUCCAAAAGGAAAAUCCUCCCUUCCUACAUUUCUUUCCCUUCCUGACUUCCUGGACCUUCUGGUGGGUUAUUCAGUUCUUCUUGGGCCACCAAAAGGGUGCCCCACUCCUGGGGGUUGUAAAGGGACUGGAGGCAGAUGGAACAGCCUUACUUUCGUGACUGGCAGGAAAAGGUGGUAGAUGCUGAGUGUGUAUGCCAAAACAAAAGGGGGAAUCUUUAUGCAAAACUAAACAAAUCCUCGGGAAUCCUUCAAGAGAGGUCACAUACCUUGUAAAGGUAGGAUGGUCAUUCACCAAGUGAUAGGUUUUAGCUUGAAACUUCUUUUUGCCAGAAGUUUGGGGUUAUGUUACAAUAAUUGUGUUUAAAACACUACCCCUUUAAUUCUUUCCAAGGAAUCUCCUAAGUGUAGUACUUCUGAAUGUGCCUUUGUCAGUCCAGAGACCAACCGUGGUCUGUCAGUCUCCUGGCAGCCCAGGGACAGCUGUUGCAUUUUUAUGAGCGUCCAUUUUGCAUAGUGUGGUCAUGCUAAAGGGAUUCUGGGUCUUGGGCCUGGAGGUUUUGAGCAAGGCUCAGGUUAGUCCAGUGCAGGUCAGCUGUCUACAUCUGCAUUCCCUAGUUUCGUGUGUGUGUGUGUGUGUGUGUGUGUGUGUGUGUGAGAGAGAGAGAGAGAGAGAGAGAGAGAGAGAGAGAGAGAGAGUUUCUGUAAGCACUGGAGCAAUUGGAAUGAGGUUAUUUUGGUGACCAGUUCAUGCAUGUAAAGAAGGCGUUUCUGGCUUUGCGCUGCAGAAGGUGCAUUUUUCACCCUCUGUCUUAGGAGGCCACAGUUUUCUCAAAUGCAAGUCACAGCAAUGUUGUUAUUUAUGUGAACAGGGUAUAUAUUGCAUGCAAGAAAAAAGGUUUUAAAAGAAUUGAGACCAGUGUUUAAAAUAGAAAAAACUCUGAAAUCAUAUUGUAGUUCUUGAGAUCUGUUGUAGUUAAAUCUAGAGAUGUGUAGUUUCUUCGUGUGUUUCAUGUUGGUUUUCAACAACCCCACCUCUCCCACUCCCUAUCCAGUAGAUGCCAAGGGCCCUGUCCAUCAUCCUCAGAGUUUCUCCAGAGGAAAGCACUCUCCUAAGUUCCGUCAGCUUCAUUCAGGAAGACAGAGGGAGACUGUGCUCUCUCCUGGUUGCCUUGGGAUGUAUUGUUAUGCAAAUGUGAUUUUCACUAGAGGCUGUUGGGUUCUUGUGGGGGUUUGUUUGUUUGUUUUGUCAACAAAAACAACAAAAAGUCCAUAUGUGGUCAUCCUUGCUCCAUUUUGUAACCGAAAUUUGUAACUAUGCAUUUUCUGAAAAGGGGAAAGGCGGGAAGAAGGGAAAGAAGUCGAUUAGCAUCUUUAUGUUUUUUCCAGUUUCUGUGUCCAUGGUAUCCUUAUGUCUGAGAGGGAAGGGGAGGAGAGGCUCGCCAGGUCAGCAUAGUGAGGGCAAAAGGGACCUCCCAGAUCCUGCUCUUUGGCAGGUCUAAUUGCAAAGCAAAUGCUGAGGGGUCUGCCAUGCCUGUCCACCAUUUUGGUGCAGGACUCUUGAUACUGGCCAUGCAGUGUUAACCCAGGGCAGCGUGGAAGCUUACAUGCUCCAGUGUUCUCUGAACUCAGAACACUUUCAAGCUCAGGAAACCAUGCCACACUCUGCUGACCUGAGAGUUCAUUUUUACAUCAUUCUGAAAACUCCUCUUGUACAUUUCUUUGUUGUCAAUCAUUGUGAAUGGAACCAUUCCUAAUUAUGAGCUAAGAAAGAGGGCUGUUGCCUGCUGUUGACUGACAGGCAAAAAAAAAAAAAAAAAAAAAAAAGCUUCCCUUCCCUGUUCUCUAUCCCUGUCUCUGCUUCCUGUACUGAACUGGUGGUGCGGUGAGGUGUGGGGCACUAGAAGGCCUUUGUACUUCCUCUUUUUUGUUAUAACAAUUCUUUUGUGGAGUUGGACUGUGAUAAAUCAUGGCACCUGCAUUGCCCUGGUCUAGGCAUUAUUACAACACACAGUAUCAGAAGCAAGAGCCGUUCAGCCUGUAUCCAGUGUUUUCCACACAGCAAUCUCUGUUAUGUUCACAGUACUGUAAUGAGUGACAGACUUGAUCACAGUCUCUUUGUGUCUGUGCAAGGCUGCACAGGCAUGAUCUUAUCAGGGUUCCAAAUCUGCUCGAUUGCCUUUAAACAAAAGCAAAACAACAACAAGAAAAUCCUGGUGUUUCAAGUGUCUGACACAAAAUGAUACCUCAAGGUAUAUUUCCCCUGCAAUGUAACCCCUUCACUCCUCUCUCCUUUCUUGACAUCAGUGAGCUACUCUUUAUAAAAUACGGAUGUGUAAAUAACCAGAUAAGUCUUUGAAACACUUUCUUUGCUGUGAAAAUAACCCUAAAAUAUGAUAUUUGCAUUUUAAGCCAUCAGAAGUUUCAGAUCUGAAUUCUUUUCUUGUUGAAGAAGAAAAAGCAAAACAGGUCGGUGGGGUAGCUUUGGGUUUGUGGGACGGCUGUGGCUGUUUUCUCGCAGUGUUGCUCCUCCCCACAAUACAGGACAGCAGACCACUGGCGAUGUGUGCCCUAACUAGGUGCAUCUAGUCCAGCACCAAGGCUCUUUGACAUGUUCCAUCCCCUCCAGGGACUUGAGAAGGUUUGUACCCAGGACCUUGAGUUCUCCGCCCCUUUUUGUUCACAUGCACAAACUUCUUUCCCUUUAGUGUGGUUCUUUAGUUCCCAGUAGAGUUAGUCCUUGGUACUGCAGUCUAUCCUAUGGCUUUUUCAGCAAUGCUCUGGAAAUGUGUUUCUUACUUAGAAGGAAACUCAGCUGAGGGGACUGCAAACAAACCUUAAAGCCCUGUGCAUACUAAGAUCUUCCUCUAUGCUGCUUACAGUCUACAUUCUUAGAGGAAACACAUUGACACAUGCUGCUUGUGAGGGCCUUGACUGCUGCUGCCCUCCUAGACUUUGGGCUCCCACAAGACAAGGUUAGAAGACUCCCUCUUUUAUCCCACUUUAACUCAAACCCCUAUCUGUCAAGCUCAUUAAGUGUCCCCCCUGAUCUUGUUCAAUGACGACUUCCUUUGAGGGAAGAAUCUUGAUGAAAGUACAUGGCCAUCCCCUGCCCAUCUUCUGAGUGGCACCGUCCCCUGGGAUUUUACUUCUGUAGUUUGUUUGGAGGCCCUUGCCUAUCAGUGUGCUUCCUCUUGUCGCUGGGGUUCUGCCUGCCCUUGUUUUUCUCUCUGAUGUUCCCAAAGGGCUUCGCUGAUGUCUGCACCUCUUUCCUGGGCAUCCCCUUACUACACCCUUUGCACACACCAGUGACCAAAGUGUAUGCAGUGGUCUCAACACAUCAAAAUGGUGCACGCACCUCUAGUGUGCUCACAGACAUGUGCACAAGAUUCUGCACCCUUGGCCUUAAUUUCAGCACGACUUAAGGUGCAGGAACAUUUUUAACAGGUUUAAAAAAAAAAAAAAACUUCUGGGAGGGAAAAUAAAGCAGAUCCAACCGCUCAACCAUGCCCACUCCCUAACUCCCAACCAUCUGCUUACAGCUCAUUCUGCAUCCGCCCCAGCCCUGUUCUGCGCAACCAAAACCACCAACAAAAAGCAACCUGAGGAGAGGUUUCUGGACUGUUUUAUCUUUCUCCCUUUAGAUGGAGAUACAAAUGCUGCUUUGGGUUCUGUAAUCCUAGGGGGCUAUGUUUACAUAGUGAAAUUCAUUCUACCAAAUCAGGAAACAGUGAGUGAGAGACCCUUCAGUAAUUGGUCACUGAGGCUGAACCAGAGGUGAGAGGACCUGGGGCUGUGGCAGAGGAGGAGAGAAAUCCUGUUUAACUCAUUGUGAUACCUGGUUCACUCCUUCCUCUCUGCUCUCAGUGGCCCUCUUUGCCCCUUUAAUCAAAAAGGUUCAGAGAAAGGCACCAGAAGGAGGCUGAAGUUUUAAGAGGCAGCUUUCCAUCUUUGCACAUGAACGGAAGGUACCGUGAAAAUCCUCUCAUUUGAAACACUCAGCAAAACAACCUGUCAAAAGGACUAAAUCGCUGCACAUGUUGAUGCUCUCUGCAAGUUACCUAUAAGUGUUUUGUUUUCUUUAUACUUGAAAUCGCUUUUACACAAUAUUAUUUUGGUGACUUUCUUUUCUCUCUUCUGAUGGGCAAUAGAAGAUGCAGGUGAUAAGUUUUAAGGAUAUUUGAGGGGAGAAAAGGAUGUGGCAUUGUCUUUUUUAACAUAGAGGUUCAGUCAGACUCCCAUAUGGUAAAGUUGCUUAUCUUACUGGUUUAAUGUGGACACAGAAACUAGGCACUUUGGUGGUUCACUUGCACGGCAGGCCGGCCCCCUUUCUAUAUUUUAUUUUACUUUUUUAGUAUAGUGGUACUUAAAAUCACUGGUUCACUUAAAAAAAAAAAGUUAAACUCUACUAAUGUACAAAUAAGCUGAAAAGUUGCAUUUUAUGUGUAUUUUUUGCCAUAGCAGGUACUGUAUUUUUCAUGCUGGAUUUCAAAAUACACAUAUAUAUAUAUAUAUAUCAAAAGCAUAUAUAUAUAUAUAUGUCAAAAACAAACAAAACUGAAGGGUGGUGUUUUAUUGGAUUGUGACAGGUUGAAUAAUAAGGAAUAAAGUCGUAGUCAUUUCAUUAAAACUGAGAGAUGAUGUAACGCAUAUAUAAAAGUUUCUGAAGGGUUUUUUUUGGGCUUUUAAACAGCUUAUUUUGUUUUUGUUUAGUUUUUAUUUUAUUUUGGAAAGAUAUGAUUGUAUUAUGUGCAACUCAGUUGCUUCAUUAUAACUACAAAAUAUUUUUGAGUUCCUGGAAAAAAAGAAAAAAGACUAAUAAAUGUGUUUGGCUGCUAAGCA